AUGAAGCUAGUUAGGGUUCGUGUUCCUUCCCUCAAUUUGCUUUUGCAAUUUAUGUGGCUCCAAGUGUGUGUGCAUUGUGUGUCAAAGAAAGUGUCAAAGAAAGAUCAUUCAAAGAAGAAGGAAGAAAUGGUUUUUGACGUUUCUCUGCAUCACAUGGGGAAGUUGAUGAAGAAUAAGGAAGUAGAAUAUGUGAGAGGAGAAAGACAUGUUAUAAAAGGAAUUGAUCCCGACAUGUGGUCUUACUUUGAAGCAGUGGGAUUUGUUAGAAAAUUCAAGUAUGAUGCAGACUUCAAGCUAUGGUGGAAGGAGUCGAAACAAAAGGCCAUGAACAACCUCAGAAUACUCAAAGAUGACAGUGAAGCAAUGUUGUUGGCUAACUAUGCAGAGGAAAAUAACGAUGAGAGGCACAUGAAGUACACAUACAAGAGAUGGAGGAAGAGGUUAUUGUGGAAGAAAAACAUGGUUAUGUUGUUGAAGAAGGUGACGCAGUGGAUGAAGAAGAUGUAUAUGUUGGUGGGGGUGGAGGGGAAUGUGGAAGUAGAAGACAUCCUAAUGGAUGACGAAGAGGAAGAGGGGAAUGUUGAGGAAGAAAAUGUAGAGAAGGGUGAGGAACAACCUUAUGUUCAUGAGGAAGAGGAAGAGGAAGAGCAAGAGGAAGAUGAAGAGGAAGAGCAAGAGCAAGAAGGUAAUAUGGUUGAGGGCUAA